GCUCGGGAGGACCCCGCCGCGGCCCCGGAAGCGCCUCGUCCUGAGCUGCGGUGGUGGCGGUCGCCGGGAUGCCUGCGCGGCUGGGCGGCUGACGGCGGAGUAGGAACGGGCCCCGUGCCCGGAAUCUCGGGUGCCGCUGCUAGAGAGCGGCCUGCGCCAUGGCCAACUCAGCCGCCUCCUCAGAGCAUUUCGAGAAACUGCAUGAGAUCUUCCGCGGUCUCCAUGAAGACCUACGAGGGGUGCCGGAGCGGCUCCUGGGGACGGCUGGGACAGAAGAGAAGAAGAAGUUGAUCAGAGAUUUUGAUGAAAAGCAACAGGAAGCAAAUGAAACGCUGGCAGAGAUGGAAGAGGAACUACGUUAUGCCCCCCUAUCUUUUCGUAACCCUAUGAUGUCUAAGCUUCGAACCUACCGGAAGGACCUUGCCAAACUCCAUCGGGAAGUGAGAAGCACACCUUUGACAGCCACUCCUGGGGGUCGAGGAGACAUGAAAUAUGGUACAUAUGCUGUAGAGAAUGAGCACAUGAAUCGGCUACAGCCUCAAAGGGCAUUGCUUCUGCAAGGCACUGACAGCCUGAACCGGGCCACCCAGAGUAUUGAGCGUUCUCAUCGGAUUGCUGCAGAGACUGACCAGAUUGGCUCAGAAAUCAUAGAAGAACUGGGGGAGCAACGUGAACAGUUGGAACGUACCAAGAGUAGACUGGUAAACACAGGUGAAAACUUGAGCAGAAGUCGGAAGAUUCUCCGUUCAAUGUCCAGAAAAGUGACAACCAACAAGCUGCUACUUUCCAUUGUCAUCUUACUGGAGCUAGCCAUCCUGGGAGGCCUGGUUUAUUACAGAUUCUUUCGCAAGCACUGAACCUCCUACAGGGAACGGUUUGUGGACCAGGACUGUGACUCUGUGAAUGGUGUUAGAGACGUGGAAAAAUCUUACUGUUGCUGUGAGCUAACGGUUCGAGAAGGCACUGUGUAGCCAGACUGUGGGAGGAGGGAGGAAGAUGGAAAACCACUUAAAUGUGAAGGAACAGCAAUAAGACCAGUAUGAUAUACCAAGGUAGUAAAUGCUGUUUAUGAGUUCUUUAAGUUUACAUAGUGCUCUAACAUAUUAAUACCCUGUGAGCUUCAAAAAACCAAAUACAUUUACAGCAGUAUUAUCGGUCACCAAAAUGAAGGGGAAGGAAACUUUACAAUUGUGAGAAUGCACAAAUGUUCUCAUUAAGGCAGUACUGACCCAGACGAUCAUUUAGUAUCUGUCACCACAAAUGCCUCCCAACUCUGGAAUGCCCAUUGCGACAGACACGUGUCGCACACAGUAUUUCCUAAAUUCUUACACGUUCUUCACUUUCCGAUUCAUCUGGUGAACUAGGAGUAGGAAGUUGGUCAUAGACAAUGUGCCCUCCCUCCCUUGUCUGCCCAAAACUUGAAGCAAUCACAUCCACUGCCAGGCUGGCUGUAGCCUUGGCCUCUUCCUCCGACGCAGCCAACCGAGGAUUGACUUCCACAAGAUCCAGUGCUGAGAGCAACCCUGAAAGAACAAAGUAUGACCAAAAAAACUUGCUAGCUGCUACUUUCAGUGAGAGUCGUCCCACCUGGGUAGAACAAGCUAAGGUAAAAAACAAGUUAUUUUCUACUAUAAAAUUAUCCACCGUCAGGAAGCCCCUUAUUCCUCAUUCUCUUGGGCAUGAAUUUAAGUUAAAAACACUCAUAUACCAGAGUAGGAUUGAAAGAAACCUUUAAGGUAAUAAAAUCAAUUAUCCCUGUUCAGUGAACGUAACAGGCAUAGCUGACAGGCUUUCCGGUUCGCGUAGGAGCUGGGUUGGGGUGGGGGGUAGGGGGGUGGUAGCAAGAGUUUCCAACCUAGUCGGGAAAAUGUGUCAUUUCCAGUGUUUCUGGGCCCUCCUAGAUGCCUGCCUGUAGUUGCAUGAAGAGCAGAUCUCUCACAUCUCACUAGCCAGAGCACGGUUCCCACUUUUGAACUCUUUUGCUGCAUCUGUAUCUCUUAAGGCACCAUGUGCCCUAAAGUAUAGUUAUUACUGCAUAGCUCACUCUCACCCCUGAGCUCUGAGGGCAGGUUCCACUUCGGACACAGUUUUUAGGUCUCCCAUCAGACUAACCCAGCAUCUUGCACUUGGUCAAGGGAAGACUUGGUCAUACUUUAAUUUGAACUCCAGUUACCUUCUGUGACAGUUUGGGAACUUGUGCCAAGGGGUUUGAGAUGGGAAGAUUAGACCAGAAAAGAAUCUAUCCAGACCUGCCCUCUACCACCACCCCAGUACAUACGUACGUACGUACAUACAUAUAUAUAUACUUCUAGGUAUAUAUAGUUGGUUAUUCUGGAUGAAGUUAAUCUACCUCCUGCAAGAGUCAUCUGAAGAAACUAGCACUGGAGAAUAUAAGUAUCCGAAUAUUUAGGGCGGCCAUAAAGCCUGGAAGCAGGGGUGAAUAUACCUACUGGUUUACCAAUAUUACAUUAUAGUACCGAUACAUGUUAUGUUCAGUGCUGUUACGUCCGCUCAGUGUGCCGUCCCUUAUUAGCAAUGCAGAGUUCAGUGCGCUGUGCAAAACUACAAUGAGCAGGUAUGUUACUAUAGUGUUUCCACCAAUCCCUGCCUGCACGUUCAUCUGUGUCUGAUGGCUUGUGUGUCUGAUUUCCACUGACUAAACGUGGACCUUUUCAUAGCCCAGAAGUAAAUCAAGAGGGCACAAGCUAUUAAAAAUAUAUAUUACCCAUGUUUCUAGACUGUUGCCACCUUGUAAAUUAAUUUAAGCAAACUGCUUUAUCUAUCUAGUUGACAGUGUCAGGACAGACAGCCUUUUAGAAUAACAUUGCAGCAGGGGAGGGAGGGACAUGGCAUGACCACUGCCCCAUCUAAGUGCUAGAGGUUACCAGCCUGUGCUCUAAGUUGUGGUACUGGGAACCAGAAUGGAGAAUUGAACUUCCAGGUUCACUGGCCAAGGACAAUUGACAACAUCUACAGUUGUGGGUCUGAGAAUAAGGCUAUCUUGCCCCUGUCAGAUCUGAUAGACAAGCAUUCUUCCCCUUUCUUUAGUGCCUAAGGCUCUGGUAGGCUCCAGAGCCAGGGAGACCAUUUCUCAAUUUCCGUAUCUAUCCCAACUAGUCAAGGGUUUUCUAUGGUCCUGAACCUUUCAGUGUGAGGUCUCUAUGCUAUCUUGACCCUAAUUUCACGAGGUAGUAUUGAAGUACCAUGUGGUAGUUGCUUAAAUUUUGCAAUGAGAGGUCAUUUAAAGUAGCCUUAAAACCAAAAGCUUUCUGACAGAAAUGGAAACUGUUUGCAAAUGAGUAUGAGUUGUGGGAUAGUAGCCUCUUGUAGCUACUCUCGAUGAUCUUGCAUUCAGUUUACUCAUCUUCCUGUCAGCCAUUCAUCUUCCAGUAUCCCCCUAUUACAGGUCCUAUCAAACAAGCCCUAGUAUAAGACUUACAUGAAAGGACCCAAGGUAUUGUCCAGCUUUGAAACAUCUUCAAGAGAAGCUUUGACUUGACAUUCUUAACUCCCAGUGAACCAACCUCUUAGUGUCAGGCUUAAAAUUAUAGCUAUUUGGCCUCGGCUUUCAAUCUUAAUCUGCCUUUAUACAAUUCAGAUGCAAAGAACUGCAUCAGUUUGGCAGUUUAUUCUUGUAUUUAUUACACGUUUAAGUAGACAGACAAUUUUUUAUUCAGUGUUACCUUGGCAUAUUUUGUUAUAAAGCCAGGUCCAAACAUGCCUCUAAAUGACUGUCCCUUAUUAGCCUGACCACAUGACUUAUAGCUAUAGGCGUUUAAGCAAAAACAGUGUCGGCAGUGACGUAAUAGUAGAAAAGAUCCCCUGGCAGGCAAGAGGCUUAAGCAUAUUAUGUAGUUAGCAGGUUGAUCACUGCUUACCUGUAUUGUGUACUUCCUCAGUAAUAUACAUGCCUUCUCGAUAGGUCAGUCCCCCUACAACAGGGGUUCCUGUGGCUGGAGCCAGCGUAGGGUCAAAUGCAUCAAUAUCGAAACUCAGAUGGAUUGGCCUUUGUCUUCUUGAAAGGAGUAGAAUAAGAAUAGUCAUUUGGGCUGUACUUGGACAUUCGUCCUUCCUACAGUUGCAACUCCUUGAUUUUGUUGCUGUUAAUCCUAGUACUUUGUUAAUAUAGCACAUUUCCAGAUUUCCUAUUCUGGAAGCUGUUGAGUAUGUUAGAUGCCUAUGCACCACUUCAUAAUUUUGCCCUUUGCUCUGUGUGCCUCAGACAGACUAACUCCAAUUUGUAUUUCUGAUUUACCCUGGGCAUCAGAGCUCUUACAUUAAGAACUAUCAACAGAGGGAAUUCCUCACUUCCAUAGGACAUGGGUUCUGACAGAUUGUAGUUUAAGUUGGAUUGAUCUAGGUUACAGUUGCAGUUGCUGUUAUACUCUGAGAGAAUAACAGCAGCUCUGAACUUAACUCUGAGUUUAUGUUUGCAAUCUUACCAUCUCCUACUUCUAACUUGUUUAGCCCAGGUGUCCAGUGGCUGAAGCUAACAUACAGCAAACACCUAUACAGUAAAUUAUUUGCACUUCUUAACAGCUUAAGAAAUGGCAUACUACCAAGGUGACAGUUAAUCACCCAGAAAUGAAGACUCGGCACUGGGAAAAUGCUCUUAACUAGCAUUUGAUUAGUAUUCAUCUCCCAUCUUUCUACACUACCAAGAUUUGCUUAAUAUAAAACUUUCAGAUGAAGCAGUUGUGAGGCUGGGAAGAAGAGGACAGUUGAAUGCUUCUCCUCUCAAAAGGUAAGCAUUAAAAAUGGAAAGAGAAAUUCAUAAGAGCUGUUUUCCCUCCCAACCCCAGAAGAAAAAUAUGACCUAUAUUUCAUAUUUUCCCUUUCUGAAUUUUUUUAUAUGUACAUGUUUUACUUUUAUUUUAAAAGAAAGGUCAUUAUCCUCAAGAGACAGGCUAAAGUGUACUGCCCACUGAGAAUCUGUCCUGUUCCCUUUGGGACCUAGAAGUAGAUAUCCAUUGUAGUUACUUACUUGCCAAUCAGCAGAUCGAAUGUCUGUUCCAUGACCUUCUGGAUACCAAGUCGAUCUAUGUCUCUCAUGGAAAAGUACUGGAUAUCAUAAUUCUUUAAAAUAAAACUGGUGACAUAUAAAGGAA